CCAAGAUGAUAGAAGAUCGAUACCAAGUUUAUUAAUAAUCGAUCAGGACCAGUUGACGGAUACAUAAAACAAAAUGAUUUAUUUGUUUUGUUGUAUUUAAUUAUACUUUCUGUAAUUCUAAAAUUGAGGCAUGAUGUUUAAUGGAAUAAAAUAAAACUCGUUAUAAACUAUAAGACUCUAGUUCUUUAUGAGACUUUUAUUGGAAACAUUUUAUGGAAACGUACCGAAUAAGAUUUAAAAGUGAAAUUACGGAAAGUGGUCAUUAGAAACGCCUGCUGCGUAGAGAAUGUAAAACUGCUUAUGCCAGCUUUUAUUAUUGCAGCUUUCUCCGUUGGAGGACGGAAUUUGUAUGCAAUCUUCUGUCAGGAAUUACUAUAAUCGAGUAUACCUUUAAUUGAAGACCAUGAUGGACGUGUGUCUCUACGGGAGAUGUCAGUCCUCGUAUGCAAGGCUACCGGAGGGCCGCGAGUACAGAAUUCAACUAGCGUAUUCUCCACUGGUCAGCCGGCGACCUACGACUAGUUACUCAAAUCGUCAAGCAUUUUCACCGUCUCCUAGAAUACAGUCCGCCAGUUCUCGGGUAGCCAUGGCAACACCGAGAGCUCAAGUUAGUAUGGCGGGAUUUUACGAUUGGUCAACGGAAGACUUUGAAGAGGUUUCAAUGUCAAGCGUCUAUCAAAAAAUUGCGAUCACUCAUAAGAAUAAGUACAACAAAGGAAACAAGAACUGGUGUACGGAUGGUAUUCAUUUAAAUCCAGGAAGAAUGUUUGUCAGAGACAAAGCUGAUCUGACUAAAGGUGAACGAGAAAUCAUCGCAGGUAUAUACAAGAACAGAGGUGACAUCCAUUCGAAAAAUGGCAACGUUACUGAUAUAAAAAGUCAUAAAGAUGCGUGGUUAGUCGGAAAACACUUGCAGAAAAAGAACAAUUACUCAACAAAUGACUGUGAAAGGUGUUCCAUUAAAAUUCCAGAACAGUUGUUCAGUAGAAUAGACGUGCAAAAUAAACCUUACUCAUCAGCUGAACCUUAUUUAUGUGACGCAUGCAAAGAGGAUUGUUUACUUGUGGGCGCCCUCUCAGAAAGACAACACGUAAAGAAAGAUGUUUCAGGCAGAAAAGCUCCGCCAUCUUCUCCGAACGGAACGUCAAAAGGUACAAGGAAACAACCACCGAAGGUCCCUAAAACAAAGCAAGGAGAAGGGGCUGUACUUAUAGAAUCUGGUAAAACGUUCUACGAUCCAUAUGAAGGAUCUAAAAAGAAAAAGGUGUUCGUAGAUGUGUUUCUCCCGAAGUUUUCAACACCAAAUCUCACAGAAGAGCCGUCAAAUUUGUCUAAUGAUAUUGACACAGAAUUCGAGAAAAAAGUGGCAAUAAGUAAAGACACUGAUAAUUUGGAUGAGGGAUAUUCUAGUCAAGAUAGAUCAUUUUCAAGUAAACAUAGACUCUUUUCCUCGCCAGCUCCUCGUACUUCAAGAGAUUCAUAGGCCUUAGAAUAGGCUGAUAAUCACUCACCUAAUAUCUAGAAAAUAGACUAUAAAAAUUUAGGGUAUGGUCGUCUGACUUUUAUCCUUUGAAGGUUUUUAGAGCUUUGAGAGUUUGUAUGUCAGAUAGAAGUUUGUGAAAUGUCAUUAUUUUUGAUAACAGAUUCUUGCUACAAACUUGUCAAAAAAAUCUCAUAUAACAUCUUUGUCUGAAUGCUACGUGCAUUUGAUUGCAAUUUUUCUAUGAUAUGCAAAAUGUAUUAUUACUCAAAUAGGUUGUAAGUUUGGUAUUUGCUAAAGAUAAUUAUAUAUUUUCUGAAGUCAGCGACCUGUUCCAAGAUUUUUAAGGUGGACCUGAGGAAGACGCGAAUGUUGGUGUAUUUGGUCCUUUGAUUUGCCCAGAAACACCUACAAUUAACUGUGAUAUUAAUUGAUUGAUCAACUGAAAUGAAUCAAGCAAAAUUGCUUCAUGAUAAAAUGCCAUUUGACUAUCAAUGACAUCAAAAUGUGUCGUCUGCUGCAUGACAGAAUGGUGAUGCUUUUAUCAUUUAAAAGCAAUUUCCGGUUUACUGUGUGCAAUAUUGCAAUGUGAUACUGAUAAAAUGCAAAUGUAAUUGGGAAAAUGGAAAUUCAACUUGAAAUCAUAUGGCAACUUCCUGCUUGCUUUAUUUCUUGCUUUCACUUGUUGUUGUUUUUUAAAUGUUAAGCUAUCUUUACUUCAACAUGUUUUACCGAUUGAUUACAAAAUUGUCAAGGUUCUUGACCAUUUUAUUCUUUCAAAACAGUACUUGUCAUCGGCUUUGCUGGCUAUAUUUAUAUGAAAAAGAAAUGUUUUGAUCUAUUAUAGAAAAAUGAGGACCACUUUUCUUUGCUUCUGUCGUACGUAAAAUAUCCAUUUCAAAAUAGUAUUCUUACAGUAUAUUUAUAUUUUUGUAGCACAUGUUGCUGUUCGUUGAAUUGAUCACUUUUGAGAAUUUCUUUAUAUAAUCAAAUAAUUUCGUUAUGAUGAAUAUGUUUUAAAAUUAUUAGAAGUGAUUUUAAUCUAUUUUGCACAGAAUAGAAAGAUAUAAGUGAUACAGGUCACCUGGCACUCUAAAAACCUACAUGGCAGUCACAUCUUACCAGUAAAAAAUUUGCAUUCUAGUAUGCUUAUCAUUUUAACCUUUAGCCUGCUAGCAGCAAGCCAUUUUGCCUUUGCGACCAGUGCAGACCAAAAUCUGCCAGCACAUCCAGGAUGUGUAUGGUCUGUUCGCUGUUCAGUUAGUAAAUUUUCAGUGAACACCCCUUUGAAUAAUAUGUAGUACUGCCCGAUUUGAACGAUGGACAAAACCAUUUUAGAAAUUUAGCAGGGAAAAGGUUAAAUGAAGAUUGUUAAGAUAUUUUAGAAGAGUAAAGACUCCUGCCAUGUGAAAUGACCAUUUCCCCAGCACAAUUAGCUGUGAGAACUACUAAAAUAUGUAUAAAUAAAAAUUGUAUUUUGACAUGACAUUUCGGUUGUUUUCAAAAUACAUUGAUUCCGGACAUGCAGGAUUUAUGAAAAUUUAGUCUUUUAAUACGCUUAGUGUUUAAACUUCCUUAGUUUUAUAUAAUACUGAAAGUUGGUACAUGUAAUUUGCGCCGGCUGAACAAACAAACUUUAAAUUAUUUCAUGUGAAUCUAGUAUUCAAUGAUUUUUAUGCGUUUUACUUUAUAUGAUAUGAACUUAUCUGUAUUGAGCAAAUUGCUACUAGUGUUAACUUCUCAUGGCACUAGUCUAAAUUAAUCUAGGGAGUUUUGAACCGGAAAAAAAGUCAUAAGAAAACAUAGAAUUUUGUUUCUUUUAUCAUCAGAUUCCGACUUCUAAUAUGAAGGAUUUAUUUAUUAUUCAUGCUGUGAUGUUUAAACAUGUCAUAAUUGUUUACUGCGUUGGUGCUGUAUUUAUUUUUCCUUCAUUAUAAAUUGUUUGAUGUUGAGCUCCGUUUGUAUUUAUGUUUAAUUUAUUUGUUGAACAUUUUCCUUUUUCACUUUAGUGCUCUCCAUUUCAUAUUCAAAUCUACCUUGUCUACGUGUUCUUAUAUCUUGAAAUGAUGAAUAAAUUAUUUGGCUUAUUUCAAA